AGGGUUAGGUUUACAAUUAUCAGUGGUGUUUGAUCAUGAACAGCAUGCGAAUGCUUGCUGAAGAGGAGGAGAAUGAAGACACUGCCGAGGUUACAUGGGAGGAUCAGCAGCGCAUAAACUCGUUCUCAAAACUCAACACUCGUCUACGAAAUAUUGAGCUAAAGUUAGAGGAGUUGAAACAAGAAAAAGAGGCUCUAGAUGACCUCUCUACCGAGCUCGAGCUAACUGAUGAAGAUCAAACCGUGUUGUACAAAGUCGGCGAAUCCUUUCUUCAUCUUUCUCAGCCACGUGCACUCGAGCGGUUGGAACAAGACCAAGAAGACCUUGCAGCUUCACUCGCUGUUCAAUCAGAGGCUGCGGACGAGUGUGAGAAGGGUAUGAAAGAGCUCAAAGUAGUCCUUUAUGCCAAGUUCGGCCGUGCUAUUAAUCUGGACGAGUAGAUGAAUUCUUCUGCCGAUACUAUCUGUUCACGACUAUGAUCUGUGACAUAAACAACAAUACAAUACAAAUUCACAAUAUUUCUACACAUGAAAUGUCUAGCCUAUGCCAUAUUUGAGUAACAAGUAUCUAGUGCGGAUC